AUGAAAGCUAACAUGUUGCCACAGUCGCCUCAUGGCAACGAUGGCUACAAGUCAAUACCUGAAGACGUAUCGCAGCAAGUGAUUAUCAACAAUGGGCGCUGCUUCCGACUGGAAGUACCGAAAUGUGAUGACCAACCCCGUGCCCUGCGCCAGAAGGAGCAAAAGGCAAUAAAAAAGAAGGCCAAUAAGGUGCUUCUGUCGUUAGGCCGCCUCCUGCGCAUGCUGCUCUUCUUCCGGCCCAUUACUUCUACCAGUGUCUCCAAGCGCCCGCAUCCGCGCCACAAACUCGAAGUCGUCUACUAUCUUCCGUCCCUGUAUCGCACGCACCGAGGCCACCAUCGAAAAGGCGUCGUAGUGACGAAGUUGGAGAACCGUGUUCCGCUUGUGCUGGUGGUCGAAGUGCUUUUCGUUUUUGUGUUGCUCCUCCGGAUGUUAUCGACUUUGAAGGGAAACGUCACUCCUUAUAUGCCGACGCAUGCGCCAAUUGUAUUUGGCACGGCAAAGGUGCAGAAUGUUCGUUCCAUCUCUGCACCACCGGCCAUGAAUCUAUCAAACAUUUGA